AUGGCGCUGUUUACCAUAUUCGCCUUCGAUCAGACGAGGUGUACGAAUGCUGGAAAUUCCCUUUUACUGGCUGAAAGAGGCGGUUGGAUUGGAUUUGCAUACAAAUGUGGCGCGGCUUUUCGAAGAGGUCUGUCGUCGUUCAAUUAUGACUCAACAAGAGUUGGCGAAGAAGUCAAGCGAGCAAACGACGUGCUAGGGGCGGCUGUCCUCUUCAGCGACGCCGCUAAUCUCACUUUGAGAUUCGUUAACUAUGUGAACGAAAUUUGUCAACGCCAACGACAGACGUCAAUCGUAAGGGCUGUGCAGCAGCUUGGAAUACCCAGCUGGUUAGUGGAGAUUCGACACAAUGCCUCCCAUUCCCAUGUGCCGCCCAUCGAGACACUCCGAAUGGCGUUUGCCUUCUGCAGGGAAUGGAUUUGGGAACAUUUCUGGACGCACCAACCAUACGAGGCAAUGCGAUCGGCUGGCGCCGUCGAUACGAAUAGCGACGUCGUGGCAGAGGAAGCGUCACUACGAGAUCAGAAGAUCCUGAACGCGAUAGUGGCUUUCGCUCUGUGGAGAAACAAGGUGGGUUUGGCUUCCUCGUCUCACUUCCGCUUAUGUGCGCUACUUAUUGUGACGUAUUCGGACCGACUGUUGGCUUGA